AUGUAUAAUCAAGGGAAUCAUGGUCCGAAUUCGGGGCAGGGUUCAAACCCUCCACCUCCGCCUGCACUGCUGCCACCACCACCACCGCCAUUGGGUUAUCAGCAGGCACUGCCUCCUCCACCGCCGCCCCAUUUUCAGCAUUUUGUCCCACCACCCCCACCAGCAGUUCCCCGUGUUUAUUUACAUGGACCCCCCAACGUGCCAAAUAUAGGACCUUCAUAUUCCAUUCCUUCUCAAAUGCACCAUGGGAAUAGCAUGGCUCAACAAACAUUUUCUUCCAUUGGGCAAAAUUCCCAACAUUCUCCUAAUUUAGGUGUCCAUAGUCAUACCAUUCUGCCCCCAGUUCCUCCCCCUAUUGGCCACUCUCAUCAGGAGACAUCUUGGGCUCCUAGGCUGCCAAGUAGAGUGUUGCCACCUCCUCCCUCUUCUUCCCAAGGACAAAUUUUGCAUAAUCAUCAUCUUCCUCCUCCACCACCCCCACCUCCUUUUAAUGCUCCGUCUCCUGAUGGAGUUUAUGGGCAUUCAACUGUUGGGAAUUACAACCACAUGGCUUCCGUUGCCCCUCCACCGUCACUACCACCAUUGCCAAGCUCUCCACCACCAGUUCUGCCAUCUCCGCCACCUCCUGCCCCUCUUAUGGCGGCUUCUACAUCCUCCCAAGUUGCAUGCACUGAUGAUCAAUACUCUUCGGAGGCCGUGGAGUCAGUAGAAGGAUUUGUAGGUUCCUGUCCAUCUGGUACUGUGCCUGUACAUAAUUCUGAUUCUGAAACCAAUCAAGAUGUUGGAAAUUGUGGUGAUGUUGCUCUGGUUGCCCUCAGAGAUGAGCUAUUGCCAACUAGAAGUGUAAUGUUGGAUCUUACCCCACCUCUGCCCCAGCCAGCAGAAGAAAAUACUGUAAGCGCUGAUUCUGACAUGGAGAUGGAAGAUGACAUAACACUUUCUGACAAAGACCAAGGAUCAACUUAUGCAAUUGAAGGGGUAACUCUGCCGCAUGAUCGGGUUGAUGAGGUGUUUAGCAUUAAUGAAAAAAUACAGAGGCUGCAGAGUUCAACACAAGACGAACCUGACAAGGGCAUCUUAUCCAGUGGUGUAUCAUGCUCUGGAUCCACAGGAGUCAGCAAAAAAAAUGAAGGACUAGGACCUUCAUCUGAUGUUGUGCCCAUGAAAUCUGCAAGAUCAGCUACCAAGGUUCUUAGUCCGCUGAAUGACUCAAUUGAAUUGGCCGAAUCUCUCCCAAGCACUAAGUCGGGAAGAUUGGAAGCUCCUCUAGACAAGUAUUUUAUAGGAAAUGGUGCUUCUGAUCAUAGCGAAGCCACUGAUCCCAAUAGAGAUUCUGAGCAAGUUAUGAGGACCGGCAGCCCAAUUAGACUUCUUCAAAAUUAUGCUUCUGAUGAAACUUCAGAUAAUGAAGAUGAAGUCUCUACAGAAGAUGCUAAUAAUGUUUUUACAGACUCUGCAGGAGUUGAUUCUUGUGUUCCGAAUGCCCUUAAAGAUCACAAGAGUAAUUUGGAGACUGAUAUUGGAUUGAAAAGUCCCUCAGUGCCCGAUGUAACCGGUAAAAGAUCUGUCUCACAUACUAGUGAUGGAUGUGUUGCGCCUAAUCUCGAAAACCAGGUGUCUGUUAAUUUUUCUUCUUCAGUUGAAGCUUUACAAGGAGAAGACAGGUUAGGUGAUACUGGUUUUGACAUUGAUAGUAAGAGUGGUACUGCUGAACAAAAACGUGAGAAGGAAACCUCAAAGUUUGAACCGACUGUUCUAAAAGUAGAUGAAUUCGGGAGGCAUAUCAGAGAUGGUGCUUCAGGUAGUGACUCUGAUGAAUCUCACAGUCAUCGGACUAAGAGGACGAAUAAAAGAGAUAGAAGCCGGAGUCGCAGUCGGUCUCGAUCUCCCAUUGACAGAAGGAGUAGGAGAAGAAGAAGAAGUCCUUGGAGGAGAAAGGAUAAAAGAAGCCUCUCUCGCAGCUGGUCUCCUCGGCGGCGUAGAAGCAGGAGUAGGUCUCCAAUCUUAAGACGUUCAGGUGACAUUCAUGGGGAAAAUGUGAGAAGGGACAAGGAUCAAUGCUUUGAUUUCUUACGUAGAAAGUGCUAUCGUGGAGCAUUAUGUAGGUUUGCGCAUCAUGAAUCUGACAGGAGUGCUACUUCAAGGCGCUCCAGGAAUAAACAUGAUCUUGAACUCGACUCUCGUGAAAAAGGUUCUAGGGUUAAUGAAGAAGUUAAGAGUAUUUCUUCUAAAGUGUCAGAUUAUGAGCAUGGAGUCAGAAAUCAGGACACAGAUCUUCACCAGAAUAUAACUGGCCAGGAAGUAGUGCAAAGAAAGGAAGAUUUUGAGGGCCGUGCUGUUGUGUCUACUACCUUUGGUAUCGAUGGUCAAUCGUUUAAUAGCAUUCCAAAUUCUGAUGGUGUUAGAGAGGUUUCUCCUAAAGUGCAUGAAACCUUAGUAGUUGGAGAAAAGCCCAAGACUUCAAUACAUGAAAGUGAUAGCUCUCAGAAUGUAUUAAGUUCUUAUCAGCAGCACUUGGUUGAUGACUUUCAGCCUGAAGCUUUAAUUCAUGCUGAUGCUUCUAAACCAUCUGGUGGUACAUCUAAAGAUGUUAUUCCAUCAGAAGAUGGUUCAUUUGUUCAGCAACGACAAUCCAAUGUUUCUGUUGAAAUUCCAGAACAUUCUGGCGGUACAUCUAAAGAUGUUCUUCUUUCAGAUGAUGGUUCAUUUGUUCAGCAUCUACCAUCCAAUGUAUCUGUUGGAGUUCCAGAACAUUCUGGUUACCCAUCUCAGCUUCUAAAUGUGGCCGGUGUGACUGGUUUGUCAUCUGAUAAAAGAUCUGCUAAUGAGGUUUCUGGUAGUGAACCUUUACCAUUUACGUUACCAUCUACACAACUACACUCGGCCAAUAGUUCUGUUGGUCCAUGUGUAGCAUCAGAGCAGCCUUCAAUGCACCCUCAGGGUUCUAAAGAGUUACCUCCACGAAGUGUUUCAUCGGUGCAAAUCCCUCUUCAUACUUACCCAUUGCCUGCUUUUACUGGUUCACAUUUCCAGGGUGAAAAUGCCGUGCAUAUGCCACAAAUUCCGAGGCCAUAUGGCGUAGUGCAGCAAAAUGCAUUAUUUCCUUUCCAAUCUCCUUACCCACCUCCAUUACAGACACCAAAUUCUCAUUUCAGUGUACCGCCUCAUAGCUCUUGGACCUCCUUGCCGCCGCCGCCACCACCACCACCACCACCACCACUAUCACAGGCCGUGUAUAAUUCCAGUUCAAACUUGGGAGUUGCAAAAUCUUUUAUUUCUUCCGAAUUUAAUCAGAAUCAACUGCAUUCGAGAACUGAUUAUGUUUCCCAGACUUCCUUGAUUCCUGGGUUGCCAUCUAAUUCUCAAAAUUCAAAGUUUGAGGAUCAAGCUUACCCUCCAUUGCAGGACCAUUCUCAAACUUUUGUGCGUACAGAACCUCUCUCUCCCAAUCAUCUUCAUCAGGGGCACCCGGCAUACCAAUCACUUUCAAGCUCCACAUCUUUUGGUGGCCUGCAUCAUCAACCUAAACAAUUUUCCUGGGAGUCAGAUGUGAACAGACCACAACCUUCUUUGGGCGUCAGGUUGCCUCCUGAAGGACAUUUCGGCACUUCCUCCCACAUUCAUCCAUUAUCACAGCAACAGCAAUCAAGUCAUAAUUUUCAAUAUACUUCAUCUGAUGUUAAUUUGGCUGGACCUGGAGGGACUGCUACUGUAUCCAGACAUCCACCACAUAUUCCUGACAGCAACCAUUCAACUUCUCUUCCGGCUUUUGGAGCAUCAAGAGUUUCUGCCCACUAUAAUCCUUAUGCAUCAACCUUUGAGCAGCCGCUAAGUUCGAAAUUCAGUUCAAGCUUUUUACGACAAGAAAAUGAUAUAGAUUAUGGUAAUAAUUAUGGUCCUUCUAGAUAUAGGGAAGGGGAUAGUGUUGGAUCAAGACAUACAGCAUCGCCAAAAGCAGCAGGAGCUGUUGGUCGGAUCUUGCCAGGGUCCGGUGAACAAUAUAAUCCACUUUUUGACAGCAUUGAACCAUCAUCAUCUUUGAAGAAAUUUGAUUUUGAGCAGAAGCAAGAAGUUACAGGCGAAUCCAAUUUCAGCCUAAGGCCUAAAAGUUCCCAUAUGUCUUUGGAUGCCAAAGAGAAGAAGCAUGAGAAGGUUGGGGCUGUUGCCUCUACCAGUUCUCUAAAUAAUGAUGAAUAUGGGGAGACAGCAGAUGCUGAGGUGGGUGCUGUUGACAAUGAAAGCCUAAGUAAUGACGUGGAUGUUGCAAACAUGUCUCCGGAGGAGAAUGAGAUUAAUCAGACCAAAUCCCCAGGGAAAAGAAAGAGCAAGGAUUCUAGAUCAAUGAAAUUAUUCAAAGUUUCUAUUGCAAACUUUGUAAAAGAGGUUUUGAAACCAUCAUGGCGACAGGGUAAUAUGAGUAAGGUGGCUUUCAAAACCAUUGUGAAAAAGACUGUAGACAAGGUGUCGGGAGCCAUGAAAGGCCACCGUAUACCCAAAUCUCAAGAGAAGAUAAGUCAAUAUAUUGACUCAUCACAGCGAAAGUUGACUAAACUUGUGAUGGGUUAUGUUGACAAGUAUGUCAAAGUGUGA